AUGCCACCGGCCGAUUCGCAAGCUCUUAACAACAACUUUUCAUCCGACGACCUCGACUUUGCGCCCGGCGGUGACACCCACGGUCACCCGCCGCACUCCGACCCUGCCGCCUUCCAAACCCACCCUCUCGACAAGCUGGAUACCUCCAAUGACGCGCUGGGCAGCAUCAAUGCUGCCCACGAUUUGGUCGAUAACCAUUUUGCCGAUUUCCAGUUCCACUACGACGACGACUUGGAUGGCUCGCCCAUGGCCGGCCUUGGCUCCACUGCUUUCGACGACCAUGCCCCCGAUGUGUUCUCGACAACUUCCCACGCACCGUCCAUGAACUCGAUCACGGUACAGACGUCGACCUAUAAUAAUAAUGGCGCAAACACCGGGAACGGCGGACAGCGGCAGCAGAGCAUGGAUAUGUCCGAAAGCAACACCCCGGAUAGCAAUCAGAAUGCCGGUAAUUCGCUCGAGGAAACAGUAGAUGAAUUCGGCCUUGUGACUGCUGGCUCUGUUGAUGGCUCGGCACCAAAGGCCAAGGGGGACAAAACGGACAACACGCCCGCAUGGAGCGAGCUCAAGACGAAAGCCGGAAAGGAACGAAAGCGUCUUCCAUUGGCUUGUAUAGCAUGUCGACGCAAGAAGAUCCGGUGUUCCGGCGAGAAACCCGCGUGCAAGCACUGUCUCCGAUCGCGAAUCCCGUGCGUUUACAAGGUCACAGCCCGCAAGGCCGCACCACGAACCGACUACAUGGCUAUGUUGGACAAGCGACUGAAGCGAAUGGAGGAGCGGAUUAUCAAGAUCGUACCAAAAUCUGAACAGGAGGGUGCCUCUAACAUUACCAGGGCCGUGGUCAAGCCUGCCAUACCGGGAACAUUAAACAAUGUGAAGCAAGCCAACAAGAAGCGCGUUGCUGACGAAGCAUUCGGCUCGGAUUUGGAAAAUUGGGCUCGCGGGCCUUCAAAGUCCAAGAUUGACGCGCCAAACAGGACCGCUACGAUCCAUAUCCAGGAGACCGAGGAAAGCAAGCUAUUGCUGGAAGGCGGGGAUGCGUUGCCAUCCAAGGAAAUACAAGAACACCUUGCCGAAGUUUACUUUGAAAACAUCUAUGGGCAGGCCUACCACCUUCUUCACAAACCGAGCUUCAUGAGGAAGCUAAAGUAUGUUCCCCACUCCAGACAUGUUACUUCAUAUUAUCUAACAACGUACAGGGCCGGCGCUUUACCCCCCGUCCUAAUUCUCUCUAUCUGCGCCGUCGCGGCACGUUUCUCGAACCAUCCGAAACUGAACUCAAGCCCGAAUUUCCUCCGCGGCGAAGAGUGGGCGGCCGCAGCCCGCGAUAUAGUGACAAAGAGAUAUGAAUGGCCCAAUAUCACCAUUCUUACAUGUCUGCUCAUUCUAGGUCUACACGAGUUUGGCACAUGCCAUGGUGGCCGUAGUUGGGCAUUGGGUGGCCAGGCCAUCCGUAUGGCUUUUGCACUGCAGCUUCACAAAGACUUGGAGCACGAUCCUGUACGACAAGCAGGGAAAACACAACUCAGCUUUAUCGAUCGCGAGAUCCGGAGGAGGACCAUGUGGGCAUGUUUCCUGAUGGAUCGCUUCAACUCCUCAGGCACAGACCGGCCCACGUUUAUAAGAGAGGAGACGUUAAAGGUCCCGCUGCCUAUCAAGGAGAAGAACUUCCAGUACGACAUGCCAGGUCCAACUGAAACUCUGAGUGGCGAGGUGCUGGAAACACUUCUAGAAGACCAAGAUGCUUCAAUGGCCAGAGACAACCUGGGUGUUGCGGCCUGGAUGAUCAAGGCAAUUGCUCUCUGGGGUAGAAUCAUCAACUAUCUCAACCAAGGAGGCAGAGAGUUGGAUCCUCAUCCUAUGUGGAGUCCCGAAUCCGGUUACGCCAAACUCAUUAAACAGACAGAGGAUAUCUUGACCGACUUACCUGACUCUUUACUAUACACACCCGACAAUCUACACCUGCACGAAACCGACAACAUGGCCAACCAGUUCUUGUUCCUUCACAUCGCGAUCCAGCAGAAUAUUUUGUUCAUGAACAGGUUUGCCGUUUCGUCCCCUCGGGGUCAACCGGAACAGGAAAUCCCCAAGGCUUUCGUAACGAAAGCGGGAGCCAAAGCAUUUGCCGCUGCUAACAGGGUAUCAGAGCUGUUGAAGGAUGCUGAAUCACACUUUGUGACUGCUCCCUUUACAGGAUACUGUGCCUUCUUAUCCAGUACCGUGCACAUCUUUGGGAUUUUCUCGGGUAACCCUACACUAGAGGCAACAUCGAAGCGCAACCUGGCUACCAAUGUCAAGUUCCUAUCCAAGAUGAAGAAGUACUGGGGCAUGUUUCACUGGAUGUCAGAGAACCUACGGGAGCAGUAUCGGACCUGUGCCGAUGCUGCGAGGCAGGGAACACCAGCAAACGAGAACCCGACAUCCAUCUUCCAAUACGGCGACUGGUUCGAUCGUUAUCCCCACGGUGUCUCGCAGUCCGACUUCCUCGACCCCGCCACUUACAAGAAGAAGGAGAAAGGCGACGAUGCAGUUCUGGAACAGAAGCCCGAGCUGCACACAGUCGAGGAGUUCUUCACCACGCUCUCCCCACAAGCCGGCGGUGGCGACGGGGGCAGCGUGAACGGGUCAGCAGCAUCACGACAACAGCAACAAGCCCAGCAACAACAACAACUCAAGCGCAAAGCCAUGGCACGAAAGAUCAGCGGCCUACCACAGCAGAACCACCCCAACGGCCUCGACCCCAUCCAAACCGACUUCUCCGCACAUCAACAACACCCUCCACCAACCGCCGAACAAAUCCACUCCGCCCGCCUCCAACACCAACGCACUUUCUCCGGCGCCGGCCCCUCGCCCAUUCAAACUAGCGGUCCCGGUGCCGGCGGUGGUCCCCCGGGAUCCUUCAACACGCUCUCCGUCCAAGCCCAACAACAAGCGCACUUCUCCCCCGUCUCCCCCGUCGGCGUCUCCCACGCCCACCUCUCCCAUCACCACCCGGCCUCUUUCUUCCCUCCCGACCCUUUCUCCCUCCCAGCCCACCUCGGCGCUGCUCACGCCCACGGCAUGAGCCACCUAGACCGACAACUCGUCUUCGGCGCGUACGGCGGUCCCACAGCCGCAGGUCUGCAUCAUGAGCCAGGGCUAGUAGGCGGCGGCGGCGGUAGCGGAGCUGGCGGAUGGGGAGGAGGAGGGCACGAUGGGGAUGGCAGCGGUAGGGAUGGUUCUCUUCGUGUGUUUCAACAGACAUAG